AUGGCAAACUGUGGUGAAUAUAUAAAAAGUCAAUUUCCUUUGAUUGACGAAGAAUUAAAAAAAUAUGUAGAAGAUGUUCUGGAUAGCAGUGCUGGUGAAUUUGAAGACAAAGAGGAAGUAUUUGAAGCUGUGGGUGAAGUGUUACAAGGAAUAUCAGAAAAGUCAGAAGAGGACAUAAGGGAUAUAUGUGAAAAAUUGCUUCAUAUGCUACAACCAGAAAAAACAAAAACUUCUAAUGGUCCACGGAAAGUUCUCGAUGCUCCCAUACACUUAGCUUCAAUGACAGUCCCAGUAAUGGAAAACAAUGAUGUAAAGAGCAUAUGGCUUCAGACAAGGGAUGAUAAUUUUAAAGUUGAUGCUAGAAAACUAGAAAAAGCUGAGGCAAAACUACAACAGAAGCAGCAAAAACAUAAGGAGGCAAAAGUACCUGUAGCAAUUCCAGUUUUACAAACUGCCACGGCAUCACAGGUCACCUCAAAGAAAGACAGUAAAUUAGAAGCAAAAGGCACUAACAGGACUCAAGAUAUAAGGAUAGAAAACUUUGACAUUGCCUAUGGUGACAGAGUAUUAUUACAAGGCGCAGAUCUGGUUCUAGCGUUCGGUCGUCGUUACGGUCUCGUGGGAAGAAACGGUUUAGGCAAAACCACACUUCUCAGGAUGAUAUCGGCAAAACAACUGAAGAUACCAUCACACAUUUCAGUUCUUCACGUGGAGCAAGAAGUCGUCGGUGACGACACGAUUGCACUGCAAAGUGUACUCGAAUGCGAUACGGUCAGAGAGACUUUGUUGAAGAGAGAGAAGGAAAUCACCACUUCUAUCAAUAACGGUUCGACGGACCCCAGUUUGUCAUCAGAAUUAACAGAAAUCUAUGCACAACUAGAAAACAUCGAGUCGGACAAAGCACCCGCGAGGGCUUCCAUCAUACUGAACGGUUUAGGAUUCUCGUCGGAGAUGCAGGCUCGAGCCACCAGGACCUUCUCCGGAGGGUGGCGCAUGAGGCUCGCGCUGGCGAGGGCCUUGUUCUCCAAACCCGACCUUCUGCUCCUGGACGAGCCGACGAACAUGUUGGACAUAAAAGCCAUAAUCUGGCUCGAGAGCUACUUGCAGAACUGGCCGACCACCCUCCUGGUGGUCUCCCACGACAGGAACUUCCUCGACACCGUCCCGACGGACAUUAUGCACCUUCACUCGCAACGGAUCGACACUUACAGAGGCAACUACGAGCAGUUCCACAAGACGAAGACGGAGAAGCUGAAGAACCAGCAGCGCGAGUUCGAGGCGCAGCAGCAGCAUCGGGCGCACACGCAGGACUUCAUCGACCGCUUCCGCUACAACGCCAACCGCGCGUCUUCCGUGCAGAGCAAGAUCAAGAUGCUGGACAGGCUGCCCGAGCUGAAGCCGAUAGAGAAGGAGGUCGACGUGGUGCUGAGGUUCCCGGAGACCGAGCCCCUGUCUCCGCCCAUCUUGCAGCUCAACGAGGUCGGCUUCCGCUACUCCGAGGGCCGGCUCAUCUUCACCGACGUCAACCUCGGGGCCACGCUCGAGUCCAGGAUAUGUAUCGUGGGCGACAACGGCGCGGGGAAGACCACCCUGCUGAAGAUAAUCAUGGGCAUCCUGUCUCCUACGAGCGGACUCAGGAGCGUGCAUCGAGGGCUCAAGUUCGGGUACUUCUCGCAGCAUCACGUCGAUCAGCUGGAGAUGAACGUCAACUCCGUGGAGCUGCUCCAGAGGAAUUAUCCCGGCAAGACGAUAGAGGAGUACCGGCGGCAGCUGGGCAGCUUCGGCGUGAGCGGGGAGCUGGCUCUGCAGACGAUCGGGAGCCUGUCCGGAGGCCAGAAAUCCAGGGUGGCCUUCGCCAACCUGUGUCUCGGCAGCCCCAACUUCCUGGUGCUCGACGAGCCCACCAACCACCUGGACAUCGAGACGAUCGAGGCGCUGGGCAAGGCCAUCAACAAGUACUCGGGCGGCGUCAUCCUCGUGUCUCACGACGAGCGCCUGAUCCGAAUGGUCUGCCGGGAGCUGUGGGUCUGCGGCGGAGGCUCCGUCCAGAGCGUCGAGGGCGGCUUCGACGAGUACCGCAAGAUCGUCGAGCGGGAGCUGCUGGACGCGCAGAAGUGA